CAAUUGGCGACUCAGAGGAAGAAACUAGACAUGACCUGAAUAAGAAUAAAUUUCUACCUCAUUUUUUGACCAAAUAAUCAUGUAAACUUGUCAUUAGAAUGAAGAGGACAAUACUACGAGUGUUUGGGAUCAAACGGCACCUGAUUCGGAGUAUGGACGAGGGAGAAACGAAGAAUAAAAAACAAGGGACCAAGAAGUGUGAAAUACCCGGUCCAAAUCCCCGAUAGGGGAUUUUGAUAAGAAGAAUUACCCGGUCAGGAAGUCCAAUUACCCCACCGGGGAAUUGAAAUACCCGACCGGGUAACUUCCAGAAGUGAGUAUAAAAGCAUGUUUUGUGUGUGUUUGGAGGGAAGAGCUGGGUUUUGGUUCCCAAACUCCCAAGGGACGAACCAAAGAGAGAGAGGGAGAUCUAGAGCCAUUCCUGGAGCUAUUUUGGAGGAUUCUUUACCAUUGGAGCUCAAGGAAAAAGUCUAGACAUGAAGAUUUAAGAACUAGAAAGUUAUACUGAAUUCUCUCUCUUCUCUAUGGAGUAACUUACCUUCACUUAGGUUUUGAGGAACCCUAGCCAUGUUUUUUUAUUGAUGAUUGUAUGAGUACUCCUACAUGAUAAUCUUGAGUUCAUAUUCAAUCUAUGCAUGUUCUUAUGAUUCAAUUCUGCUUUAGUCAAGAUUAUUGAUUCUGCUUUGAUCAUAUGGGAGUGAAUACCUUAUUAGGUCAAUAGAGAACCAUAGAUUGGUCAUAUUGGAUUUAUUGCUAUAGUCGAGGGUCGAUUCACUGCUUUGUAUUGAUUGAGAACCUCAUUCGAUAGAGGUAAUCUAGUUCAGAACGCCUUGAUCGGUUGUUCUAGAGAAGGAUACGUCCCUCUAGGAAAUCGACUAAAGAGGGCAUUGACUUCUUUAGUCGAGAUUCAAGGUCUAGUCAAGGAUUCUCUACAUAGGGAAUGAAAGUAAAACAUAUUAGAAAUCAUUAAUCAUUAAUCUGGCUAGUGGCUAGGGGCAAUCAUACCUAAGUGAGUUCCCAACUUGUAGUUAGAUUAACUUUAACUGUAAUUUGCUAGAGUAGUUAUAAUUGUUCUAUCUUAAUCUGGUUUGCUAGAUUACUUUUGCCACUAUACUACAGUCCCUUUCAUUGGUUACACUUGGUCAUUGGUAGGAGUUGUGCUUUAACGAGUCAAGUUUUCGGCGCCGUUGCCGGGGACUUUCUAUAUUAUUAGGAAAGGCAGAAUUUUGUUAAGUUAGCUUUUCUUUCUGUUGUUUUUCUUUUCCACCCUUGCUUUUCACUUGGGUCCUAAUGGCUUCUCCAACCAUUGGGGGUAUCCACCACCACCCAAAUGGUAUUACCCCGAGACUUCCUGGAGCAAUCAAGGGGUAGAAGACUAUGGAUUCGGGUUUCAGUACUAACCCCCUACUACGGAGAACAACCAGACCCUUGGGAACCUCAAGAACAAUCUCCUUAUCAAAAAGAAUUCCUCCCACAACCAGAGGGCCAUCAGAGCUAUAGUUAGCCAUGGUGGCCUUCACGAGCUAUUCUGUAGAGCCAUGCUACACUCCACUACCAGAUCCAAACUAUCAAUUGAGGCUUCUCGUGGAGCAGUUUGUUCGGGACACCAAGAGAUAUUUCCCCAAGAUAGACCUUAUAAUCAAAUCAAUUGUUCCUCUUGUUGUUCCUCAUGACCCUUCCUUUCUCUGUGAAUCGGAGGAGACUGUUCCGCACUCAGCAAAACAAAUAGAGCGGGUUGACCAAGUUUGUGCACAGCUUACUCAAGAUCACCUUUAUGUCACGGAGAGCUCCCGUGAUGAUCAUGAUCAGGAAUGUCCUGUUGUAGCCGACCACACCGAGCUUUGAAGAGACGGUCAUGAGUGAGGAGAUGUAAGAUGAUCUCAUCGAAGAAAUUGCUUGGCGAUUUGCUCUCUAAUCCGUGCUGGAAGAAGAAGAGCAAGAAAGGGUGCGAAAAGAAGUUGUGGAGGAUGAAAAAAGUGAAGCAGAAGGAGUUCUUGAUCUUUUCCUAGGGGUGAUACCACAUUUUGAAGAAGGAAGGGGGGUUGAGGAAGCAAUUGGCGUCCAAGCUGGGGGACGAAGUUGGGGUGGAAGAGGCUUGCACCGGCCCUAUGUUACAAGUAAUAUCUCCACCAAACUUCGAGGAGCUAUUUGGUCAGGACCCAUUUACAAUGUCUCUUUUCCAGACCAUGGCCACAUCGACAUCGGUUCCUCUUGGUGGACAUGAUGGUGGUUAAACGAUGCUGUCAUAUCUGGUUUGGGGCAAUUAGACAAGAGAAGAAAUGAAGGAGAGGUCUUGUGUGUGGAGCUGCAUCUUCCUCGAGUGCAUGAGCCAUCUUUAUCACCUAUCAUACCACCUGCUCGUGACUUGAGACUCCACCUCAUUGACGAGAACCUCAACUUCAAAGAGGUUCUAGUAGGGCCCGAAACUUAGGAACCAUGGUCAAGAAGCGCUUGUUGGGAGGCAACAAAACUAUUCGGUUUGCAUUUCUUUCCCUAUUUCUCUUCGAUUGAGUCAAUUUUGUUCUUUGAUUUUAGAGUCGAUAACUCAACCUUUGUUAGAUUUUGUGUGGUGUUUGUGUUCUGAAUACUCUCUAAUUCCAUAAUGCACUGCCUGCCCCGUCCACCAUCAUUCACACUUGAUCUGGUAACUUCAUUCUACCCUCCUUAUCUUUCCUCCAUUGAGGACAAUGUCGUGCUUAAGUGUGUGUGUGUGUGGGGGGGGGGGGGGGUGUUCCAUUAUGUUUGAGUGUGAAUGUUUGGUUGUAUGUGUGUGCUUGGAGCCUAGUCCAGUGUCCAAAUUUUAUGAUUGAGGGCUCCAAGUACGUGUUUCUUGCAAAUGCCUGCUCAGUAUGCUUUGAAUUGACAGUCUUUAUAGGGAUAUGCAGCUUGUUGAGGUAGUGAAAACACUAUGGAGGAUGUUGAUGCAUUUAAGAAGUCUCAUUUCUUCAUUAUAUUUUGUUGGAUGAUUGUGUGAAUUAGUGAUCUUAGUACACAUGAAUCAUGUGGUAUCGAUAACUCUCUACCUGUCAUGGACUCAUGUAUCAUUUUUUGAUUUUUGAAAAAGGUUCUCUAAAUUGUGAUUUUAAAACAUUGUCUCCCGUUUGGAAAUCGGUGAAAGUGUGUAAGGGGAGAUGAGAAUUCAUUCCCAACUUCCACCUACUACCUCCAACCCCCUUACAUUUCUUUCCCCCGCACGAGGCUUGAGACAUUUGCUCCCGGCAUGGCCGGUAAGAGUCGGGCUCCCUCAAAAACUUUGCUAGGUGGGAGCCCCGUUUUCUGGAAAUUAAAGGUUGGAACCUUUGCAAGCAAAUAAAAAUAAUAAUCAAACAAGAAAAAAAAGGGGUUUCACCCAUCUUUAAAGAAAAAAAUAGAGCACCUAAAAAAGUGAGUUCAUGAUCUUUCUGUUUUUGAGAGUCUCUUUAUUCACGGAUCACUUCUACUACGAUCACUACUUGGCAUGAUCCCGACUCGGGACUAGAGUUCUCGCCGAAGAAGCUAGGAGGUGCCUUGUGCAUUGGCUGACCUCGUAAGCUGCUAAAUGAGCUAGGAAGUCUGCUACCAAUGAUCGGGGUUGCGGGUUGCUGUUGCUGUCUGGAGAGUUGCAUUGGUUUGAUUCGGGUUUGCUUGGGGACAAGCAAACAGUUAAGUGUGGGGGGAUUUGAUGAAUCGAUAUUUGCACGUGUUUUCCCUUUUGUUUCUUGAUCGUUUAAGCUUGCAUUAUCGCUUCUUUGGUCUAUUUUAUGCUAGGUUGUGUUCCUUUGUCACAUUUCAAGUCCUAGCACGUAAAGUGAAGUAUAGAUGCGUGUUUCUAGUCAAUUGGAGAUCAAUUGGCGACUCAGGAGAAGAAACUUGGCAUGACCUAAAUAAGAAUGGAUUUCUAACACAUUUUUUGAAUAAAGAAUCAAGUAACAUUUCAUUAGAAGGAAGAGGACGAGACUACAAGCAUUCGGGAUCAAACGACACCUUAUUCGGAGUUCGAACGAGGGAGAAACGAAUAAUCAAAGACAAGGGACCCGUAAGUGUGAAAUCCCCGGUCCAAAUCCCCGAUUGGGGAUUUUGAAGUCCGGUAAGGGAUUUUGAUCAGAAGAAAUACCCGAUCAGGAGGUCCAAUUACCCCACCGGGGAUUUGAAAUACCCGACCGGGUAACUUCUAGAAGCGAGUAUAAAAACGUGUUUUGUGCAUUUUUGGAGGGGAGAGCUGGGUUUUGGUUCCCAAACACCCAAGGGAAGAACCAAAGUGAGAGAGAGAGAGGGCGAUCUAGAGCCAUUCUUGGAGCUAUUUUGGAGGAUUCUUCACCAUUGAAGCUCAAGGAACAAGUCUAGACAUGAAGACUGAAGAUCUGGAAAGUUAUAAUGCAUUCUCUCUCUUCUCUAUGAGGUAACUUCCCUUCACUUAGGUUUUGAUGAACCCUAUCCAUGUUUGUUUGAGUGGACGAUUAUAGGAGUACUCCUACAAGAUAAUCUUGAGUUCAUAUUCAAUAUAUGCAUGUUUCAUGAUUCAAUUAUGCUUUAGUCGAGAUUAUUGAUUCUGCUUUGAUCCUAUGAGAGCGAAUAACUGAUUAGGUCAAUAGAGCACCAUAGAUUGAUAGUAUUGGAUCGAUUGCUUUAGUCUAGUUCAGAUCCCUUGAUCGGUUGUUCUAGAGAAGGAUAUGUCCCUCUAGGCAAUCGACUCAAGAGGACCUUGACCUCUUUAGUCGAGAUUCAAGGUUUAGUCAAGGAUUCUCUGCAUUGUGAAUGAAAGUGAAGUAGGUUACAGAUCAUCAAUCAUUAAUCUGGCUAGUGGCUAGGGGGAAUAAUACCUAAGCGAGUUCCCAACCUGUUAUUAGAUUAACUUUAACUGUAGUUUGCUAUAGUAGUUAUAGAUAGUUAUUCUAUCUUAAUCUAGUUUGCUAGAUAAUGAACUCAAGUUGAGUAAUAGUAACUCUAGAGACACUUGGAUUCGAUAUUUAUUACUUGUGUCACUAUACUACAGUCCUUUACAUUGGUUACACUUGGCCAUUGGUAGGAGUUAUGUUUUAGCGAGUCGGAAACCUUGAUCAAAUUAGUUGCCUCAACUCUUCGUUGCACAUUAUGUCUUGCUUUAAACUCAUGCUCACCCUUUAUCUAAUUUUGGAUAGGCUGGUGGCGCGGUUUUGGUGGGGAGUGGAGGAUGGGCAUUCCCGCAUAAGAUGGAUGUCUUGGUGUAAGAUGUGUCGUAGUAAGCAUGAGGGAGGGAUGGGCUUUCGCCGGUUCGAGCAUUUCAACCAGGCUUUAUUAGCCAACAUCGGGUGGAAAAUACUGACUGAAUCCCUGUCCCUCCUCACUCAAGUGUAUAAAGGGAAGAAUUUUCCUAAUGGCACUUUCCUCAAUGCUAGUGCGCGCUCUCGUCCUUCCUGGGGUUGGCAGAGCAUCCUGUAUGGGCGACUACUUUUGGUGCGGGGCCUUAGAUGGUAGAUUGGGAGUGGUGGGGGAGAGUCCGCUCUACGUGACAGUUGGAUCCCUACCUGGCAUCCUAACCACCCCCCCCCUAUUUAACCCUCAGGUGUUUCCAGAAGGGGGUGAUCUCCAAGUGGCUGAUUUGUUUUGUCUAGUUGAGGGCCACUAGUUGACUGAUAAACUCACCUAGUGGUUUCCUCCCGACAUUUAUCGUGCUAUUAAAGCAAUUCCCCUACCCUGUCAGGCUAUGAAGGACAGUCAAAUCUGACAUGCCCCGUGUGAUGGGAUUUUCAUUGUGAAAUCGGCAUAUCAUCUGGCUGUGUUGAUGGACAAGCAAAAUGGGAGGUGGAGUCCGACUAUUAGUUGGAUGGACAGACAGAGUUGGAUCCGGUUGUGGGCUUCCUCAAUUCCACCUAAACUGAAGGUAUUUUUGUGGCAAGUCUUGCACCGAUUCCUCCCAAAUAUGGAACCCCUUAUUGAGAAGAAGGUCCCGGUCCACCCUAGGUGUCCGCUUUGCUGGACAAAGUCCCAAUCUAUGGAGCAUCUUUUUUUGGAAUGCCUUGUGGCUAGAGCGUUGUGAGAUAAUGUUGGAGUGGAGCAUAUUGGUCAAGGGAUCCCUCGUCAUACUUUUCCUCUCUUCCUCAAAAAAUUGUUGGUUAUCAUUGAGAAUCCGCAAUAAGUCAUGGCGUUAGUGGUCGUUCUAUGGCGGAUUUGGAAAUCUCGUAACUGGGUUGUCUUUCAAGAUAAACAGUUUGCGAUUCCAGCUCUAAUGAGGCAGUACUAUCAGCAAUUGAAUGAGUGGGCUAACUUGCCUAAGGAUAAGGUGGUUAAUACCUCUUUGGCUGGUUCUAUAAUUUGUAGGUGGGAUGGAGUCUGUAAGUGGGAUGGAGCGAAGAGACAUGGGUCCCAUUCGACAGGGGGUUCGGUGCUCCUGGACCAGGGUGGGAAGGUCAUCUUGCUAACAAGUGUUCAAUUUCCCAGGAUAGAUGACCCCAUGAUUGUGGAACUCUUGAUCCUCUGGGAAGCGAUCCUGUGGUGCCGCCAAAGGGGUUUUAGGUGGUGUGGUUUGAAGGGGAUGCGAAGGUGGUUAUAAAUAGGCUCAACCUAGGGCAUGAACGUGAUAGCAGAGCAGGUGCCAUUUUCCACAAGGUGCUGAAUUAUUUGGCGGAGUGCGUGGGGUUUAGUGUUUGAUUCGUAGGUCGGCGUAAUAAUAGGCCAGCCCAUUUGAUGGCUCGCAAGGCCCUUUCAUUGUACUCGAUAGCGUGUCGUUCUUUUGAUUUUGUGGCCUAACUGAGGUACAUGCUGUAAUGAUCUAUUCUUCCGUAUUAAUAUAUAAUUAUCUUUUGUCAAAAAAAGUAAGCAUCUUUCGUUGUAUCCUACUAAGUUUCUUUUAUUGUCUAUGUCACUUCACGUACUAACAUAAAGUUUUCAUAUAUAUUCACCUGCUCGGUGAUUAAUAAUUUCUCUCUCAACUUUUAGCCAUAAAAUGGGUAGGUUCCGCCAAUGACAUUGUGGCUGGUUAUUAUUGUAACACAUUAGGCGAAUCUCACAUCGACAAAGCACGAGAGAGAUCAAUGGUUUAUAGGUAAGAAACCGAUCGUAACUGACAAGACGCGUUUUAUGGUGAAAUGGACGAGUUCUUGUGAGAACUCUGAAGUUAAACGUGCUCAGCGUGGAGUACAACAAGGAUGAGUGACCUUAUGAGAAGUCACCUUGAAUUGAACCCCAAGUCAAAAUCCGUGAGGGUCUAGACCCAAAGCGGACAAUAUCUUGCUCGGAAAAUGGUUCGGGAUGUUACAAUUGUACUUGCCCAAACUUGUCAAAGUAGGUUCGGUCAUGAGUGUCAUGUCAAAAAUUACUGUCACAACAAGUUAAGUAUACCAGUUGUAAGAAGUUAAGUCUCUGGUAUCAGUAAUAAUAAAUGUAUUAAGGUAGAAGGUGAUGGGAUUAGGUGCUAACCCUUAUAGGGGUUAGCACCGUGAUAACUAACAAAAAACGCUACUAAAAAUAACGAAAUCACUACGAAUUAUUAUAAAAUCAAUACAACAUCUAAGCUAAAUCACUACUAAUUCAAACUAGUAGUAGUUUUUCCCUUGGUUAGGACGGUGCUAACUAUUGUACAAUUAGCACCGUAACCGCUCCCGAGAAGAAAAGUGCAGAUUGAGUUUAAUGACGUUGUCUAGUAGUUGGUUGUUUUCUUUUAACUAUGUGAUUUACAACAUUUUAUUAUAGAUUUAUUUAUCCACUGCCAUAACUCGUUUACUUACCAAUUGGACUUGUGGAAUUAACCGCUCGUUGACUUGGUUUCCUAUAUAAAAGUGUUGAUGUGGCACAGUGGCGGCAAUGCUUGACUUUCUCCUUUACCUUGCAUUGUAUUAAAGGAUCGAGCGCCUAACUUGGCUCCCCUUCUCGUCAGUGUGAAUUUGUGAUGGAAAUGAAAACAUGCAUGUGCUUCUACAUUUGUUAUUGUUGUUCCGGUAAACAUCACCUAAAAUUAUACCAGAAUUUGGCAGCUCUGCUCUGGUUACGCAUAUGUGGCCACUGAUCUUAGCUGAUACAUGCGUGUGUAGUCAGUGACGUAGUCAGGAUUCCAAUCCAAUCGCGAUUUCAACUUACAAGAUAAAAUUUAAUGAUAUUGUGUGCAAUUAUCACGGACAUUAUCUUUGAUAGAUCCAAUUAAAUAAUGAUCAUUCAUCAAGUUAUGAAUUACUCGAUUGCGUAGCUUAUUUCUUACUAUUGAUUCGGUAGUUGAAAAAUGAUAUCCGGCAGCUAGCUAAAAUAAGCUUCAAUUUUAGUGACAAUUUAAAUUAAACCGGCAUGUUCAGAUUAUAAAACUGAAAUUUUGUUAUGGGAAAUCUGAGAACUAACAUAUAUUCUUAUUAUUAACUAACACUUUUCUAGUAAGAGCUUAUCGAUUUUUAUCCGUAAGAGAACAUGAAAAGUAUAUGAAACAGAAACCGACCUGAAUCUUUAAACUUAGUAAUGAUACACUAAAUCACUAAUAAUCUUGAUCCUGCAGGCAGAUAACUCUCUAAAGCCAUACCCAAUAUUUCUCUGAUCUGUACGAAUACAAAUUAGUCAUUAAUUAUCCAGCGUAAAUGAAUUAACAACUUUGAACGAAGCUGCUGCUAAUUAAUUACUACACGCUAUAUAUACGCCUAACUUACAACCCACAUUCAAAUUAAUUGAUUGCAACAGCUAGCGAUCGGCGUCAUGCAAUAAUUAUGAGAGUUAUAAAUUGAUGGGGUUGGGAUUAUUAUUGUGGCUCAGAAAGAAUCGAUCAUUUUAUAAGUUUGUCUGCAUGCAGCUCACCUUGACGACGAUGACGAUGGGGUUGAUGUCAGCAUUACGAAGAUAUAUAUGCAUGCAGAUUGCAGAGUAGUAGUUUACUUAAUUGGUAUUCUUUCCCUUUGUCUUCCCGCAACUGCAAACCCAUGCAUAUAUAUAUAUAUAUAUGGUAUAGGGCGGCCAUGCCUUUCUAUCCAUCUAUCUGUCUAUCUACAAAUAUAUCCAUCGAUCGAGUAGCUAGGAGUAAAAUCAUGAUGAGAGUUCAAGAAAGUUAUGGGGUGUGAAUGCGGCUGCAGGUCCAUAGACUUUUUUCGUUUUCGGGCAAGGAAAAAUCGGCGUGACUGCAUAUGCCUGUGCUUAUUUGCCACAGAUCUGACCUUUCUAAUUCGUACGAUUUAAAAGUGUUUGAUGCAAUUUGAAUCGGAUUAUUUGGCUACGACUGGAUGUCACUAGGGUACACUAUGUGUAUGGGUCGAUACAUGUUUGGGUUGUUGUUUUGGGUCUGGUUGUAACCGCUUUCCUUUACCACACAUUGGAUUAGGGUUAGACCACUUCUCAUACUCUUUUGUAAUCUGUAUAUCUCCUCGAAGUAUGGUGAAAUUGGCUAUCUCUUGUCCGUGGACUAGCUAAACACACUUUGUGUUAGUGAACUACGUCAAUCAGUGUGUCUUGUGUUUCACUCUUGUUUUCAUAUUCUUGCUUUAUCGUUACUUCUAUAUUCUAAUCCGCAAAGAAACAGUCGUGACUGAAAGUUAUAAGAAGUCAAGCAUAACCUGAUUGGGUUUCGGAAAGUGUUGCCGUUCAUAUAGCUUCCUUGAGAGAGAUUCUUUCGUGGAAGACUUAUGAGGUGGUUGAUUUGGAUGGUGGACUGGACUAGUGGAAUGUGAAAGAGAGUGGAUUAGUUUAACAAGGAAUUCUACGAGAAGAUGGAAAUGGAGGCCAAGAUUCGUUGUUCUCAUUAUAUUGUGUUUCAAGUAGAGGGAAAGUAAAUACUAAGAUUGAUA